GGCCGGCGCGCAGCCCGCGCAGUGGUAGCCUGGACCGACGCGCGAUCGCGCCCAGGACCUCGACUACCGUGCGGGCCGCGCGCAGCUCGGGGACCUCCACGACGACCGCGCCAUGAAGCAGCCCGUCGACGCCGCCGUCCGGGUCGGCGAGUGCGGCUGCGAGGCCAAGGGCGCCGCCAGGGAGGCCGUCGUGCGCUGGGGGCUCGGGGGCCUUCUCGUCCUGCAGGUGGCGCUGUCGCUGUCCCUCUACGCGUGCAUCCGCUCGCUGCAGCAGGAGGUCCGCGCCGUGACGCUCGUCGAGCUCCGGGACCGGGAGCAGGCGGCCUGGGGCGCCCGGGCGGUGGCGUCCUGGGGGGCUCCCGUCCCGCCCGCGCCCCCGUACCCGCCGGCCCGCGCCAAGCGCCGCGCGGACGCCGCCCCGCAGUACAAGCCGACCCACGAGCUGAUGGAGGACAACGCGCUGCCGUCCAGCUUCGGCACCACCCUGCCCCCCAACGGCGGCCCCGGCGACAAGGGCUCCUGGAUCGUGUCCAUGUCCAAGAUACCGACGGAGACGGUGCAGUCCUUCUGCAGGCAGCACUGCCCGCCGGGCUCCAAGGGCGAGCCGGGGCUCAUGGGCCCGCCCGGGGUGCGCGGCGUGGAGGGUCCGCGGGGCGAGCGUGGCGACAGGGGCUACCCCGGCGAGCAGGGGCCCAAGGGGCCCAAGGGGGACAUGGGCCGGGCAGGUCACCCGGGGGUCGAUGGCAUCGACGGCGUGCCCGGCGAGCCGGGGCUUGACGGCGUGCCAGGCAGGAACGGCGUCGACGGCAUCCCCGGCACCGACGGCAAGUCCGGCACGGACGGCAUCCCGGGCAAGGCCGGCACGGACGGCAAGGACGGCAAACCAGGGCUCUCGGGUCCGCCGGGCCCCGCCGGCCCUCCGGGCGUCCGAGGACUGCCCGGGCCGCGGGGCAAGGCCGGCUCCAACGGCACGUCGGGGCUGCCGGGGCUGCCGGGCAUCUGCGUCUACAAGUACAAGGUGAACGGCCAGUACCCCAACGCCAGCGAGUUCCUCAUCCCACCCUCCAUCCCAGGCUCGGGGCUGCUCACCCCGCAGCGCCCCAUCAUCGUGGAGGAGCUGAAGAACGUGCGGCUGCGGUGCGCUGCCACGGGCCACCCGCAGCCCACCGUCGUCUGGACCCGGCUGCCGGGAGGAGUCAUCCCCCUGGGCUCGUGGCAAGUCAACUCCGUCAGCGGCCACACGCUCAACAUCACCAGGAUCACGCGCGAGCACAUGGGCGACUACACGUGCAUCGCGCACAACGGCGUGCCUCCCGACGCCAGCCAGACCUUCCGGCUGGAGGUGCACUUCUCGCCCUUCAUCCACAUCCAGCAGCAGGUCCUCAGCGUCAUCAUGAACUCGACCGCGCGCCUCGAGUGCGAGGUGGAGGCGUACCCCGAGCCCGUGCUCUUCUGGGAGGGCCCCGGCGGCCGCGUCAUCGAGCACGGAGAGAAGUACCGCGUCGACAGCUCCGGACCCGACUCCUACAAGGUGACACUGGCACUAGAAAUUUUAAUUUUCUACAAGUUAUAA